ACAAACCCUCUUUUACCCUCAUGACUCAUCACUCAUGACAUCCACACCCAUCUGUUUCACACACACUUCACUAACCCCACUUUAAUUCAAAAGCUCAUAUUUUUAUUCAUUUUUCCCCUUCUCAGCUCCCAACUCUCACCCCUUGUCCUUUCCCCUGCAUUUCUCUGUCAAAACCCUAGAUUUCAAAUCUGGGAUUCUGUUUUCUUGGUGUGUUCAGACAUGGUUCUGGGAACUGCCAGCUUGCAAGUCUCAGUUUCCUGUCUGGAUUCCAAGCUUCUGUUGUUCCCACAUUUUUUUUUAUAGACACAACAUUUCGCAGUGAGUUUUCUCAUGGGUUUUCAUUCGUGACACUGUUUUGAGUUCUGUUCAACUGGGUAGGGUUAUUUGAUCCUUUUGUAGAGUGGUUUUUUUAGAUUCAUAUAAGUGAACAAAACCCUUGCAAAACCCUUCUUCCAGCACACACUUUUCCAAGUCUUUGAGCUACUGUAUUUUAGAUCCCUAUUUUCUUUUUUGGGGGUAAAAUCCUUUUUUUUUUCAUUGUUUGUGCCUUUUCACUUUAGCAUCUUCACCUAUUUGUUGUGUUUAAGUAGCAAAAGGUUGUGUACUUAUAAGUAAAUGCAUGGAUGGGAGAGAAGCUAUGGCAUUCUCUGGAGGCUCAGCUCCAUAUUACAUGCAUAGAGGAGGAGGGGUUGGUUCUGAAACACAGAGUGGGUUCCAAGCAGCCCCUGGGUUCAGGCCUUUGCCAAACACUGGCAUCAAAGCUGAGUCAAAUGCAAGGGGUGGUUCUGUAGGGUCUGGUUCCACAUUUUCAGUGGAGCCUCCUCAGGCUCGUGUCAAUUUUAACCAUGGCAUUGGCAUUGGGGCACCUUCAAGUGAGCCUGUGAAGAAGAAAAGAGGGAGGCCCCGUAAAUAUGGGCCGGAUGGGCCGGUUUCUUUGAGACUGUCUCCAAUGUCUGCCCCUGCUAACUCCACCCAGGGUGAAAGUGCAGCCACCCCUUCUCAGAAAAAGGGUAGAGGGCGACCACCUGGAUCUGGAAGGAAGCAACAGCUGGCUGCUUUAGGUGAAUGGAUGAAUAGUUCAGCAGGGUUGGCCUUUUCGCCUCAUGUUGUCACUAUUGGAGUUGGGGAGGACAUUGUGGCAAAGUUAUUGUCGUUAUCACAGCAGAGGCCAAGGGCUCUGUGCAUAUUGUCAGGCACCGGGACAGUUUCCUCAGUCACUCUGCGACAGCCUGCUUCUACUAAUGCCAGUGUAACUUUUGAGGGACGAUUCCAAAUAUUAUGCUUGUCUGGUUCUUAUUUGGUUGCUGAAGAAGGUGGACCCUCCAAUAGAACUGGUGGCAUUAGUGUUUCACUUUCUAGCCCUGAUGGUCAUGUUAUUGGUGGUGGUGUCGCUGUGCUUAUUGCUGCAAGCCCAGUGCAGGUGGUAUUGUGCAGUUUUGUGUAUGGUAGCUCAAGGACCAAGUCUAAACAAGCGACCGCCACAAGAAAUGAAAGUUCUGAGCCGCCACAGCAGAAUGAUAAGUUAGCUUCUCCUGCCAGUGCUCCUGCUCCACCUGCUCAAAACUACCUCCCUCCUGCAACAAACAUUUGGCCUGGAUCACGAUCGACAGAGCUGAAAAGUGCGCACACUCAUACCGGCAUUGACUUGACUCGCGGGUGAGAGUUUAUUUGGAGGAGACAUUGCAGUUUUGUAUAUAAAUGUUGUUGUAAAUGAACUUGAGUUUGUGAGCAUUGUGACUCUGCCUGUUAUCCCCCAUUGUUGAGUGACAGGUUUGCACUAACACAUGCUGAAACAAUUGUGAAUUAUUUGGGCUUAUGUGACGAUUCUUGACAAUUGACAUGUCCCAAAAAUGUCUGUUGAAAUGAUCUUGACAAACUUUCAUUGGGAUGCAUAGUUGAAUUCAAUGAGUUCUGUGAUC